AAAGGAAUUAUUAAAAAAUUGAAUUGAGGAAAUUAUUAAUGAAAUAGGAAUGCAGAGUGAAUUGUUAGUGAGGAACUAAACCGUGGUGGUCAUAUGGUUGUGGAGGAACUAUCUGUCAUCAAUCUACACCAUUCUCCUCCUGAUUCUCAUUUGUUUUUCUUAAGUUUUAAAUGGCGUCGAUUCGUGGUGUUGCUGAAACAGCUGAUGGCUAUCAAAGAUUUAACAAUGACAUUAAUAAUACACAAAUUUAUGGUACAAAUAUUCCAAAUCCAAACGUUUUGAUACAAAGUGGUACCACGGACUCGCUAAGUAAUGACGAAAUUGGUAGCCGAUCUAGUCUAAAUCGGGAUCUUUAUAAUGAUGGUCCUACAAAUGGUGGGAUGUUAGGUGGUCCAGGAGGUGGUGAUUAUGGAGGAGGUGGGGGCGGUGGAGCAUCAAGUGGAAUUGGAAGUAGUAGUUCAUCAGAUCAUCAUUGGGAAAUGAAUUAUCAUGAAGCAUCUAUAUUUUUAGAGGAAGGUGCAAAUAAUGAAAAAUUCGAUUCACAUCCACGUCAUCCAGAAGCAUUACCAGCAUAUUUAUUAGUACAUAAUUCAUGGUAUCAUGGUUUAGAUUUAGCAGUUAGUAUAUUUUUAUUAUUGUUAGCAUUUGGUGAAGAUCCUGCUGUACCAUCAUUAAAAUUAUCAACGGGUGUUCAUGCCACCAUUGAAUUAUUAGCAUUAAUUGUUAUUGCUAUUGAAUUAUCAUUUAAAUUACGAUGGAUUGGUUGGAAAACAAUUUUAAAACAUAAACGGACCAUGAUUAAGGGUUUAACGUUAACAAUAAUGGUAAUUGAGGCCAUUGCUGUUUUAAUCCGACAAUCGUCACAUUUUCGUGUGACGCGAGCAUUACGACCAAUAUUUUUAGCCGAUACAAAAGCAUGUGGGGGUGUUAGAAGGUUUAUACGACAAAUUUUACAAUCGUUACCACCGAUAUUUGAUAUGUUUGGUUUGCUGCUGUUUUUUAUCGCCAUCUAUGCAUUAGUAGGCUAUUAUUUGUUUAAUCAAGAUGAUAAUGUUUAUUUUGCAUCGUUAAGUGAUAGUUUUGUCUCUUUGUUUGUGUUAAUGACUACUGCUAAUUUUCCGGAUGUAAUGAUGCCAUCAUAUGCCGUUUCAAAAUGGAAUGUUCUAUUCUUUAUUUCAUAUAUUGCAACUGUUUUGUAUGUUUUAAUGAAUUUGAUGUUAGCUGUUGUGUAUGAAACAUUUACACGCAUUGAACGUGAAAAAUUCAAAAAACUGUUAUUACAUAAACGUCACGCAUGUCAAUUAGCAUUCCGUAUGUUAGUAUCAAAACAAACACCAAAUUAUAUGCGAUUUAAACAAUUCUAUGGUUUAAUACGAUAUUAUGAACCACGUAAAACAUUAUUUGAUACGGUAUUAAUGUUUAAAUAUUUAAAUACAUCAAAUACUGGUUUAUUAACAUUAAAUGAAUUUAUAAAAGUGUAUGAUGCGUGUACGUUACGAUGGAUACAUUAUAAUCCACAAUUACAAUGGUUUGAAGAUAUACCAUAUUCAUUUAUACGAUCGAUAUGCAAAAUAUGUCAUAUUAUUAUUAGUUGGAAAUAUUUUGAGAAUAUUAUAUAUACAUUAAUCAUUGGAAAUGGAUUAUCAAUGUUAAUACGUUUAUCAGAACCAGCUGAUAAUUUAAACGAAUCAGCUGUCAUGUUUUGUGGAUCAUGGGAUACCAUUCUAUUUUUAUCAUUAUUUACAAUAGAAGCAAUAAUUCGUAUUUUGGGUAUGGGUCCAAAACUGUACAUGGAAUCUGGAUGGAACUUAUACGAUAUGACAGUCACUAUAUUAGCGAUUUAUGGUGUAAUAUUAAUACGUAUGAAUCCUAAUUUACGUUUAGUGGUCAUAUUUCGUCCAUUACGGUUAAUACGCUUAUAUAAAAUGAAAAAACGUUAUCGUGAUGUUUUUGGAACAUUGGUUAUUUUAUUCCCAUUAUUAUGUUCCGUAUUUUUGGUGAUGUUAGUCGUUUACUAUUUCUUUGCUAUCAUUGGUAUGGAAUUAUUUGCUGGUUAUGAUAUGAAAAAUUGUUGCGUGAAUUCAACUGUUGAAGAUUUUUACAAAUACAAUUCGAAUGGUACAACAGCGUUAGGUUAUUAUUAUCUUAAUAAUUUUGAUGAUAUUAUAACCUCAAUGGUUACAUUAUUUGAGUUGGCUGUUGUUAAUAAUUGGUUUAUAACAAUGACAGCAUAUGCAAUUGUUAUGUCACCAUGGUCACGAAUUUUCUUUAUGCUGUUUUACAUUUGUAUGCUAGUGGUUAUUACAAUUAUUGUAGCGUCUGUUUUGGAAGCAUUCCGUUUCCGAAUCCAAUAUAAGCGACAAACAAGUAAAUUAGAGGAAGAACGUAUGUUACACGAACAAGUACAAAUUGAAUGGGAUCAUAUACAAAAUAUUAUACAAGAUUUUUAUUUAUUUGAGAAAAUACGUCCAAAUUUAAUUAUCGGGGAAACAACAACAUUUAUUGGACGACGAUCACGUACUAAAAAUGUAUUACAACAACGUAUGUAUCAACAAGAAAUACAUGAAUGGUUAGCGGAAGCGGAUCGCUUAGAACAAAUGGAUUUGGAAUUAAAAAUUGAUGAACAGCAACAAGGACAGUCACCAGAACAUCAACAGAUUAAAAAUGAUUUAAAUGCAGGUGGAGAUGGUAGUGAUUUACGAGCAUCUCCAUUACCACAAUCACGGAAUAAUAAUGUCGAGACUGGAACAGAAGAAUUAAUAUCUCCACGAAUCGUAUGAUUAAAUUAAUUCAAACCUGGAUUACAGUUUAGAUAUUUAAGCAGUUGCAAGAAAUAUUUCUUGUGGUAGAAUCCUAUUUCUCCAACAAUAAAACAUCACAAUCAACAUCACAUUUAUCACUGCUUAUUAUAUUUAAAGAUGUAUUUUGGAUUCUUGUGAAGGCAGCAAUAAGUAAUUUAAGUAGCCGCUAUUAAUUUUAAUAUUUUUUCAAAAAAAAUUAACCAAAGUAUUUUCUUGUGAUUUCGGGUAAACAAGCAAUCAAAUGAAUGAAUUUAGACUGAUUAUUAUUGGUUCAAAUCGAUUUAUUUCACAUAUGACAACGUAAACUAUUGUUUUUAAAACAUGCGAGCAGCAUUUACUUAAAACAAUUCUUACAAUUCAUUUUCGGAUAAAUACGACUAAAAGUCACAGUAAACAAUUUUUGCCAAUUAUCUUAAUUUUUGAGAUAUCGAAGCACUAAUAUUGAAGGUAGCCACUACACUAUUUAGAAUACACUAUUUAGAUGGCACAAUAACAGUUAUUUCGUCAAAAAUGAUAUCUUAGAAAUUUACUGGUGAGCAAUCUAACAUCUGUCGUUUGUUUACAUUAAAAAUGAUCAUCAAGUAUUUUAAAAUAAUUUUAAAGUUCAGCCAAUGGCAUAGAGAAAACAUUUUAGCUUUGGAAGCAGAUUUUACUAAGAUCCUCGUUUCAGCUCUUCAUUUCACUUUAUUUGCGUUUAUUUGGAUCUCAGAAUUAGACGAAUUUCGAUCCCACGCUUACAAAACUUAACUUGUUUUUUUUUACGCCUUGGUUUAAGGAAUACUCAAUACUCAUUAUUUAUUGAAAUAUAGAAUGUCUGAAAGAUCUGUAGAUA